AUGGGCAAGCUCACCGUGUUUGGGUUUCUUCACGAGCAAUGGACAGAGCUCCCAAUCUCCACUGCAGACGUCAGCGACCAGUCGCUGGUCGUGGUCGGUACUAAUGUCGGGCUUGGAAACGAAGCUGCUGUGCAUUUAGCCCAGCUGAAACCUAAGAGCCUGUUGAUCACCAGCAGGGACGAAGUCAAGUGUGAACUAACAAAAGCAGACGUGGAGACUCGGUCUGGCAUGACUGGUAUCGAAUCCUGGCCUCUUGAGCUAAGCUCAUUCGAUUCAGUGCGUUCUUUCAUGGACAAUUUUGAAGCGAAGGGAUACACAGCCAAUGCUCUUAUCGCCAACGCUGGCAUAUCGACAAUGCAGUACGCGAAAACUCCGGAUGGCUACGAAACUACAUUUCAAGUGAAUUACCUGUCGACCGCUCUGUUGAGCAUAUUGAUGCUGCCUCACCUCAUCAAGACGGGGACUCCUGAACGUGCCUCGAGACUGGUUAUCGUGUCUAGCGAGGUUCAUUAUAUAGCCAACAGACUAAAAGGAGCAGACAAAUGGUCUAGUAUCAUUGAAACAAUCAAUGAUGAGGCGUAUUGUACCUCUAGGCAAGUUUCAUUAACGUCUUUUUCUGCAGGAAUAAUAACAUGCAGCAGCGUAAUGAUGAAUCGCUACCCCCUAUCCAAGCUCCUCGAAGUGAUGUUCAUCCGUGAGCUGUCCUCUCGACUUCCCACACCAACCUUGGUCGCUGUUUCUGCGGUCAAUCCCGGUUUAUGUCACUCCCGUCUUUCGCGAGAAGUCGAUUCGAAUCCUAUCUUCAAGUUUGCCGUGAGCAUUUACAAAGGGCUACUGGGACGCACGACUGAGAUGGGCAGUCGGACACUUGUCCAUGCGGCAAUUGAGCCAGGCGAGAGGGAACGACAUGGCCACUACCUGUCGUGCUGCGAAGUCGCCGAAGAGAGCGAUUAUACUCUCAGCGCGGAAGGAAGGGAGGUUUCGAAUCGUUUGUGGCAUGAGACCCUCAAAAUCCUUGGAGACAUCGAUCCACGUGUCAAUACAAUUGUGUCUGAACACCUCACCCAGGACAUAGCAUAA